CCGCCUCACUCAACCCAGUCCGGACCCCGAUUCGUGCUUUAAGCCACCAAAAUGCCCCGGCGGAAAUUCAUCGACAAGAAAAAUGCCACAACCUUCCACCUCGUCCACCGCGCCCAAAAUGACCCCCGAAUCCACGACGUCGAUGCCCCGGAUAUGGUGUUCAAGGAGGUUGCCGCGCCGAACAUGCGCCAGACCUCUGAGCCCGCCGUCGGUUCUGGAGCAUCGCAAUACUCGGCUGCAUCGGGUCGAAGCAAGAUCAAGUCGAGGGGAGACUUAGAGGACGAGUUCGGAUCAGAUGUCAGGAAGAAUGAGGGCGAGGCGGCCAAUUAUGGUAUUUUCUAUGAUGACUCUGAAUAUGACUACAUGCAACAUAUGCGGGAUCUGGGGUCAAGUGGAGAAGGGUACUUCGUGGAUGCGUCCAGCCACAAGAAGGGAAAGGGGAAAGAGAAGGUGGAUUUGGCAGAUGCCCUCCGGCAAGCCUCCCUCAACGACAGACAGAGCGACGCUGGGCUCAGCAUGAGCAGCAGUGUGAGUCGGAGUGCCAGCGACAUCUUCGGCGAGGAUCUUGCACCGUCAGAGUUUGUGAGGAAAACCACAUAUCAAGACCAGCAGAAUAUCCCGGACGCGAUUGGGGGUUUCCAACCUGACAUGGACCCGAGACUGCGGGAGGUGCUCGAGGCACUCGAAGAUGAUGCAUAUGUGGAUGAUGAGGAUGAUAUCUUUGAGCAACUGGCUGAGGAUGUCGUCGAAGUUGACCCAAGGGAGUGGGAAGCAAGCGGCUGGGGAGACCAAGACCAGAUGGACCGAUAUUUGCACGACGAUGGUUGGGAAACUGAUGACACGAUUAAAGCUUCAUCACCUACGAAUGGCACACCGAAAAGGUCGAAGAAGAAAGAGCCCGUUGAACCAACUGAUCCAGAUACUCUGCCCGCCCCAGACUCCGUUCCAGCACCAACUGGAGAGGAUGAUAAUGCCUGGCUUGACGAAUUCAACAAAUUCAAGAAAGACGCCAAGACGGCCAAGGCACCGAAGCCCGCCGCACCAUCUGAUGUCCAGUCCUCGAUUCUUACAGGAGCUUCUGCACUCACAGCAGGAGGGCGGAAGAAGAAGCGAAAAGGCGCCAUGACAUCGACUUCUGGCUACAGUAUGACGUCCUCAGCUCUUCACCGCACGGAAGGUCUCACCAUCCUUGAUCAACGCUUCGACAAGAUCGAGGAAGAGUACGCGGCAGAGGAACUCCCAGACGACGCCUCUAUGGUGUCGGGGAUGAGCAAAAUGUCUGGAUUCAGCAAAAUGUCUGGCAUGUCAAAUAUGAGCGAGGCACCAGCGCUGAGGUCAGACUUCGACAAUAUCAUGGAUGACUUCUUAGGCGGGUAUUCCAUGGCGGGGAAGAGGAGGGUCAAAAAGGGCGCUCAACAGAGCGGGUUGGAGCAACUGGAUGAGAUUCGGAAGGGUUUGGGACCUGCGAGGGUGAAGACGCAGAAAGCGUAAAAAGUCACGGGGGAGACCUGAAAUCUGGUUUACACCUGUCAUUGCGGGAGGCUCUAUCCAGGCGUUCAGGAAAGAGAAGCAUCGAUACUAUGAGAGAUCUACGACGUUUACUGGCAUUCAUGGCUUGGCCAAUAUACCCGGGUCAAG